UGCCACUUACACUUGCCAGCUUUUUUGCGACUGCAGCUGUACUUGUUUUGAGGCUUACAAAUAUAUGUAAAUCUUUAUAAUAUAAUAAAAAAGGAAAAUGGAUUCGGAACUUGCACCAAGGAAGACGUUGAAAGAGUACCCUGGUUUGAUGGAGGAUGGACAUCCACUCGCUGCAAAAUCAGCGUUUUGUUUCGUUCCAACAAAAAGAAAUGACCCUGCCGAGAUGAACGCUUUCAACAGUAAAGUGCCGCCCAAGGGUCAUUCCACAUAUGAUCGACUUUUCAAUUGGUCAGAAGGUUAUAACAACAAGCUUCAUCGAUGCGACAGGGAACACGCCAAAUCCAAAGGACUAACGGUUAAUGAUGAGGAGAAGGAGAAAGUCACACCCACUUUAUCAUCAUCAAACUACGGUCAUAAGCUGGACCAGUUUGCGGAUCCUCCCGGACGUGCUCACGUCCGCGUCGGCCAUGUUAAAUCCGAAUUCUACAGGCGAACAGGGAUCAACAUUUCCAAGAGCGAAAAUUGAUGUAUGUGCUGCCAAGAUUCUCUUUGCCAUCAUAUGCAGUCUCAUUGAAAGAAACUGUUACUUGAGAUCAAAGAGAUUUGAAUCUUGAACCUUGUGAAAUGACAAUAAAUCACCAUUAUACAUGCUAUGCAUGUACUACAUCACAGGAU